GAAAAUGCGCACGCGUUUGCGAAUAAUGGAAACUUGUAACGGGUGGCUCCCCUGAGUGAUCCAAAGAAAGAGUGGUAUAAUGUUGAAUUCGUUUCUAACGAGAUUUAUUAAGGAAUGUGAUAUCACUUCAAUUAUAUAUGAAUUAAUUUGGUAAGAAAUAUUUUUAACUAAUUAAUUAAUUGUCAAAUUGACAUCUCGAUAAAAAAAAAUCUAAAAGUAUUCGAAUUAUUAAACGAAUGAUAAAAUACGUAUUAAUGGUCAAAGUCUGUUCGUUAAAUCCUUAACCGGUUGAGUGAGAAUAUUUAUUUGAUUCGAUCGAUUUGAUAUAUACGUUUAUAUAGCUGAACACAAUGGAAGCUUUAAUACCAGUAAUAAAUAAAUUACAAGAUGUAUUUAAUACUGUUGGUGCAGAUGCUAUUCAGCUUCCACAAAUAGUUGUCUUGGGAACUCAGAGUUCUGGCAAGUCAUCUGUAAUAGAAAAUAUAGUAGGCCGUUCGUUCCUUCCUAGAGGAACAGGUAUAGUAACUCGUCGACCAUUGAUACUUCAACUUAUAUAUACACCGAAGGAAGAUAAAGAACAUCGUAGUGCAGAAAAUGGAACAAUGGAUUUGGAAGAGUGGGGUACAUUCCUGCAUAAAAAAAAUAAGAUCUUUAGAAAUUUUGAUGAUAUACGUAGUGAAAUUGAAGCAGAGACAGAUCGUACAGCUGGAUCAAAUAAAGGAAUUUGUCCUGAACCAAUCAACCUUAAAAUCUUUUCAACUUCAGUCGUUAAUUUGACGCUUAUAGAUUUGCCUGGUAUUACAAAAGUGCCAGUAGGAGAUCAACCUGAAGAUAUUGAAAAUCAAAUUCGUCAACUUGUAUUGGAAUACAUAUGUAAUCCUAAUUCCAUCAUUUUAGCAGUUGUCACUGCUAAUACAGAUAUGGCCACAAGUGAAAGUUUAAAACUUAGUAAAGAUGUAGAUCCGGAUGGUAGGCGUACUCUUGCUGUUGUUACAAAAUUAGAUCUUAUGGAUGCAGGAACAGACGCGAUAGAUAUAUUGUGCGGUAGGGUAAUUCCUGUUAAAUUAGGAAUCAUUGGUGUAGUUAAUCGUUCGCAACAGGACAUAAUAAGUAAUAAAAGUAUUCAAGAUGCAUUAAAGGACGAAGCUAUAUUUUUACAACGCAAAUAUCCAACAUUAGCAAAUAGAAAUGGUACACCUUAUUUAGCUAAAAUGUUGAAUCGAUUAUUAAUGCAUCAUAUACGUGAUUGUUUGCCAGAAUUGAAGACAAGAGUUAACGUUAUGGUAUCACAAUUUCAAACAUUACUCUCUUCUUAUGGUGAAGAUGUCGGAGAUAAAAGUCAAACUUUAUUGCAAAUUAUUACGAAAUUUGCAAGCAGUUAUUGUUCUACCAUUGAGGGAACUGCUAGAAAUAUUGAAACUACCGAGUUAUGUGGCGGUGCACGGAUAUGUUAUAUAUUUCAUGAAACAUUUGGCAAAACCCUUGACUCUAUCCAUCCACUUGCUGGUCUAACUAAGUUCGAUAUUUUAACUGCCAUACGAAAUGCAACCGGCCCAAGACCAGCACUUUUUGUACCCGAGGUGUCCUUUGAAUUAUUAGUUAAAAGACAAAUAAGAAGGCUGGAAGAACCCUCUUUACGAUGUGUAGAACUUGUACAUGAAGAAAUGCAAAGCAUUGUACAACAUUGUGGUACCGAGGUACAACAAGAAAUGUUACGAUUCCCUAAAUUACAUGAAAGAAUUGUUGACGUUGUUACACAUUUAUUAAGAAGACGUCUCCCUACUACUAAUCAGAUGGUAGAAAAUUUGGUUGCUAUAGAAUUAGCAUAUAUUAAUACUAAACAUCCAGAUUUUCAUAAGGAUGCAGCAUUUGUGUCUUCGUUAUUAAAAAAUGCAGAUAUAGAUAAUAUUAAACAUAAUAGAAAAUUACCUUCUAUUAACAACAACUCUACAUCUGGUGUUGCGAUACCUACAGAAACUAAUAAAAAGAUGCAUGCGCAACAAAAUCAUUGGUUACUGAGUAAUAUAUUACCGCAAGAAAGAACAGAAUCUAUUACUUCUGCUGAAGGAUCUCCGAGUAGAAAUUCAGGAAAUAUUUCUCCUCAGCCAAAUGUAAUGCUCGAAAUACAAAGAUCAUCGCCACAACAAAAGCCGGUUAAUUUACUUCCUGAAGUGCCAAUGCAAAUUCAACGUAAAUUAAGUGAACGGGAGCAACGAGACUGUGAUGUUAUCGAGCGACUUAUCAAAUCAUACUUUUAUAUCGUACGUAAGUCUAUACAAGACAGCGUACCCAAAGCAGUAAUGCAUUUCCUAGUCAACUAUGUAAAGGAUAAUUUACAAAGUGAACUUGUAACUCAUUUAUAUAAAUCCGAUCAGGCUGAAGCCUUGUUGAAUGAAAGUGAACAUAUUGCUAUUAGACGAAAAGAAGCAAGUGACAUGUUAAAGGCAUUGACUCAAGCGGGUCAUAUUAUCAGCGAAAUUCGUGAAACGCACAUGUGGUAAUAAUUUAAUUAAUAAAAACCACAAUAGCAUCAGAUCAUAGAUUAAAAUAGGUAUUAUUAUUGUGUUUGGAUAGAUAAGUCAAUGAAUGCAAUUAUGUAUAUGCUGAAACACUGUACAAAAUUUUUAUUCUUCAUGCAAACGAAACUUUUAGAACAAUGAAGUAAUAAUUUUUGUCAUCCCAGGCAAUUACACUAAGUUUUAAUGUAUGAUAAGGAUAAAUCAUGCACUACUUUGUUGUAUAUAUAUCUGGGAUUGUUUAAAUACCAUAAAAUGGAAAUAUUGCAUUUAAUAUUAUCAAUGUUAUGAGAUGUCAAGCAUGUACUAACAAACGAAAGUUAUGCUUUUUUCCAUUUUUUUUUUAAUAAUUUAGUACAGUAUUACCACACAAUGAUUGCACAACAACAAUUGAAUAUUAAAUCGCCGGAAAUACAUGAGGCUACAUGGUAUAAAA